AUGAUGAAACCUAACAGCUAUCUGUCAAGACGGCCAAUGUCUCCGAUUUUGAAAUCCGGCUCUGUCUUCCAGGAGAAAAUGAUGACGAAUUCGUUCAAUUCACUUUCUGGAGAUACCAGUUCAGAUGACGAAGCUAAUUCUGAUGGUGAGAACCAUGAGGAGGCUAAAUCAUCGUCCAAGGAAGUAGGCAAUACUUCAAAUACUUCCUCCGAUAAGACUUUGAUGAAGGGUAAUGCUUCUGGAGGACAAAAAUCAAUUGUUCGUGAUCGACCAUCUUCUUGUGUUUUUGUUGCCAGUCUCACUUCGUCUUUAUCUGAUGAUGAUCUCUGCAUGGCAGUUAUCAAGUAUUUCUCAAAGUGGGGAGUAUUAGGAACCGUUAAAGUGCUCAGAGAUCCACAUAAUCGACCAUAUGCUUUCGUACAGUAUAAUAAUGACAAAGAUGCAAAGAAAGCGAUUGCAGAAGCUCAUAACACAGUUUUGGAAGGGAGAACAAUCCGUUGUGAACAUGCCAAGGUAAAUCGAACUCUUUUCAUUUCAAAUGAGUAUCAACUUGCUCAUUCUAAAAUUAAAACUGAAUUAGAAGUCUUUGGUGAAAUUGAAAAAUUACUUCCAAGUACCGAAAAGGGUUAUUUGAUUCUGAGAGUUUGUGAAUAUUCCAAAUAUUGGUUUUGUAAGUUUGCAUAUCGUGAAGAUGCAAUCCGUGCUUUUGCAAAUAUUAAAUCUGAUAGGUCUAGAUGUGUUGAAUGGGCUCAAAAUAUUGAUGAUGAUGAUGAAGUAGAUGAAAAUAAUGAUGGCUUGAAAUCUUCUGAGCCAACUUUUGAUAAACAAUCUAUUUUUGUUGGUCUGAUUUCCCUUUCUGUUACUAAAGAUGCAUUAUAUGAAAGAUUUAGCCUCCAUGGUGAGAUUAUUGAUAUUAUUUUAUCUAAAAGAUUAAAGAACAACUUUGCAUUUAUUAAAUAUAGAGAUGAAGUUAGUGCAGCACGCGCGGUUGAGAAGGAAAAUCAUUCAAUGUUUCAAGAGAAGACCAUGCAUGUUCAAUAUCGUGAGCUUCAUAAUCCAAAACAGAAAUAUCAUGCUUAUUCGCCAAAGGUUCAUGGAUUAGCCUUAGCACCAUCUCCGAUCAACUUCAAUAGAAGAGUGAAUGGAACUAUGAAUAAGAAAAUCCCAUUAUUGGAGCUGACGGGGACUUAUUCAAAGUUUCAUAAUAAAUCACAAUAUCAAAAUCGUCAACAACAACCAUUAUAUGAUUUAUUUAAAAAACCAUCAAAUGUAUUCUAUCUGCGUGGGAGUGGGAGUUACUCAAAGUUUGUUGCUACUAGUCCUAGUAAGACAAAGAGAAAAAGUAUUGAUAAUCCAAAUUCUCCUGAUAUGGAAAAUUCAAAUAAUGAGAAUACAAUGAGUCCAGCUGCUAGUGAAAUUUCAUCAACAUCCCCAACGAUCACUAAAACUUAUUCAGCUUCCAGUAUAGUUAAAAGUGAGAAAUCCGAUGCUGCCAAAUAUGGAAAAGAAAAUAUUCCAGAACAAAAACAGCAAGCAAAGCAACCUUACUUCUAUUAUAUCCCAACAAAUGAAAUUGGGCCUGGGGGGAUUCCUGGUGGGUAUGGUGGAGCGCCACCACAUCCACCUCCACCACAAAAUUUCUAUAAUCCAUAUCCAUAUUAUAUUCCUUAUGAAGGAGCUCAAGAUUAUACACCCGGCCCUGUUCCAUACUACCAGUAUUAUUACCCUCAACCACCUAAUAAUAUUGAGCAAUAA